CUGCCAAUGCUCCAAUAUCUACACCUCUGGAGGGUCGCUUACAUUUAUUCUCCAAACUAGAAAUUUUGCAACUUGGAUAUCUGAAUAUCCUUCCAAAUUAAGGCAUACAGUAGCAGUUCAAAACGGAUAAAACUGCAUUUCCCACAUCUCUAAACUGGAAAAAGACCGUCGAGUGGUAAUACUUCAUGCAUGACUACGAAAGAGUCUAGGCGAUACGUUGUGGGUAGAGAAGUCGGAUAAACCAGCGAGUAUUACGAGCAGCAUGGGAGACGGGCGACUUUUGACGACCACUGUAACCUCCAAAUUCAGCCUGAACCUGAGCCGGGGAUCUCGAGUCAUGGAGACCCCCACCUUCAUCGUUCCACCCCGCAACGUAAGGGUCAGACUAGGGGGCACCGUACGGCUCAAUGGGAAGGUGAAAGGCCACCCCGACCCUCAGGUCAUAUGGUACAGAGGUGGCAGGCCGGUGAUCGCUGGCGGCCGCUACGCUAUGGAGCAGAAUGCUCAGGGGGACUUCGGCUUAAGCAUUGAAGGGGUGCGGGCUGACGACGCAGACCGUUACACAUGUGAGGCCCUCAGUGAUGCUGGGUGCCUACAGGUCACCGUGGAGAUCAUCGUGGAAGGGACCACUCAGAAUAAAUAUAAUCUUCCGUCCUCUAGUGGGAUGUCAGGGGCACGGUUUGGCAUCCCAGCUGAAGAGAAAAAGCACAGCAUCUGGGGAGAGAGUCCCCCAAAGUUCGUGACGAAGCCAUCGCGCGUGUUCAGCACAGUGGGGAAGAGCUGCAAAUUCUCUGCCAAGACCACAGGCCGUCCCCAACCUCAGGUGCGGUGGUUCAAGGGAAAACUGGAUCUGUGUGGUGACAGCCGAUUCAGCGCGUUUCAUAAGUCAGGGGUCCAUUUCCUGGAGUUCCACGAUGUCCGGCCAGAGGAUGCUGGGGAGUACACGUGUGUUGUGGUCAACAGUGCCGGCAAGGCCUCAGCGACAGCAGAACUGACUGUUAAGGGUACAUGCACAGAGACAAACAGCAACAGUUCUCCUGGUGCUGUCACUGUUGGUCCAAAGAUGGUUGACUCACCUGUAGUCAAGCAUGUCUUGAAUGGUGUGGGAGUAGACGAGAGAACCAAAAUCUCAGAGAGGCAGGAGAAGAUGGAGAGAUUGAAGGCUGCGGUCAGGGAGGGAAGAUUAGAGCUAAAACCUGAAGGUGGAGACACUGGAGCCUCAUCCCAAAAACUGCAGUGCAACUCCAGGGUCACAUCCAGCAGGGGGCCCAGCUUGCAGUGCAGGAGCACCAACUCCAUAAUGCUGCGGGCGGUCAGCGUGCUGCGGGACGGAGGGGUGGCGGAGGCUGGCGGCCCACAGCAGCCGGUUCAAACGACGUCCUCAGACACCCCCGGGCAGGCCAGAGGGACUGAGAAUGAGAGCUGGUUACCCUUGGUGGAAACCCCUCCCCACUUUGACAUGGAGCCUCAGAACCAAGAUGUUCUGGAGGGGCAGAAAGUUGUAUUUAUAUGCAAAGUUUCAGGCUCACCAACGCCCAUCCUGAGCUGGAUCAAGGAUGGUCUAACUGUAAGAGUGGGAGGAGACCUGAAGAUCCACCAGGAAGGGAGAGUAUACCUGCUAAGCCUGACGAGGGUGAGGAAGAAAGACUGUGGGAUUUACGGGUGUACAGCCUCGAAUAUUUUAGGAAAAGCAUCAGUCAGCUGGACUCUAAGCAUAAAAGGACUGGGAGCUGACGGCAAGGCCCCGAAAUUCAGCAACGCUCUGAGGGACUGUUCCGUGGAUGAAGGCAAGGGACUCAGCCUUCAAUGCACCUUGGAGGGCAAGCCUUCGCCCCUGAUUUCCUGGCUCUUAAAUGACCAGCCAAUCCCCGAUGCCAACUGCUCUUUCGAUGGUAGCGUCGCCUGGCUUAUGGUCCAGGACACCUUGCCGAAGGACGGGGGCGUGUACACGUGCAUAGCUGAGAACGAGCACGGCCAGGCCACCUGCAGCGCCAGAGUGUGCGUCCACGAGAGGAAGGUGGCCCUGGUGCGGGAGGCUGCUGAUGCCGGCCAGACCCCCGUCUUCCUCAAAAGCCUGAAGGACCUGGAGGUGAUGGACGGCAGCCAAGUCACCAUGACAGUGGAAGUGACAGGAGAUCCAGAGCCACAUGUCAUGUGGCUACAUGACGACCAGGAGAUCCAGGAGUCUGAAGACUUCCACUUUGAGAAGAAAGGGAACUUGUACAGCUUGCUCAUCCAGGAAGUCUUCCCAGAGGACACGGGGAGGUACACCUGCGAAGCCUGGAACGAAGCAGGAGAGGCGCACUCACAGGCCACGCUGACUGUGCAAGAGCCCCAAGACGGCACACAGCCCUGGUUCAUCACGAAACCAAAGCCCGUAACGGCGAGCCUGGGUCAGCAUGCCCUGCUGUCCUGCGCGAUCACUGGGGACCCCUUCCCACGAUUCCAGUGGAGGAAGGGCGGUCAGCCGUUGUCCUCAGGGGUGGACUACGAGGUCUUGGAGAAGGAGGACGUGGUCUCUUUGCUCAUCAGGAGGGUGAAGGCUCACCACGCUGGGGACUAUGAGAUCAACCUCAAGAACAAAGUGGGAGAGUGCAGCUGUGUGGCCGCCCUGCAGGUCAGACCCGGGAUGGCAGUGUCCUCUGCGGAGCCCCGCUAUGGCGAGGCUCGUCAGACUGUAGGGGUUGCCGAGGGGACAGCAAGCAGCAGGGGCACUGUGAACGACGAAGGGAAGCCUGAGGAAGCAGCCAGCAUCAGGGGGCCCCUGAAGAGGGACGCCAAGACUAGGGAGCAGCGGGAGGAUCAGCCCCGUCAUCAGGAGGCCGAGCAGCAGGACUUUCGGACCGUGCUGGGCAGGCGAACCGGUGCCAAGGGUCGCCUCGAGGAGGAUCGCACCGGGCCGAUGGACUUCAGAGCCAACCUCCGGACGGCAAAGUCCAAGGAAGAUGAGCGCAAGGUCAGCGCGCCGCAGCAGGUGGAUUUCCGAGCCGUCUUGGCGAAAAAAGGAGGCUAUGCAAGUAGGCCGGGUGCUUCCACCCUCAAUAGGUUGGAGCCCCCCCAGAACGCCAGCACUGAUUUCAGGUCAGUCCUGGGCAACAAGAAGAAGCAGAUGGGCGUAGAGAACAAUGUGGCAGUGGCGGCCCUAAAACCCGCUCUGCGCAAGACGGAGAGGCAGAUUGACGUCAACUGUGUGGACGGUAGGAUUAUCGAUAAGAAAGACAAUGUGACUGGGAAAGCGCCGAUAUUCACCCAAAAGCUGAAGGACGUCACGGUGGUGGAAGGAGAGUGUCUGCGGUUGCAGUGUCAGGUCACUGCCGACCCCCUCCCCACAAUAACCUGGACAUUAGAUAAGAAGGUUGUCAAGCCAUCGAAAUUCAUCCUGCUGUCGCAUGAAGGAGGCCAGUGCUCUCUCACCAUAGACAAGGCAUUGCUCGAGGACGAGGGUCAGUACAAAUGCCGGGCUGAGAACUGUGCUGGAACGGCUGAGUGCUGCUGCAAGGUACUGGUGGACGAUCCAUCGAACACGGGUCCCACGCAAGCCGGCAAGAGGACCAAAAAGAUUUCUCCUACCACGGAAAAUGAGGCUAGAAUAAAGAAGAAACUUGCACCAAAGGCUCCUCCUACACAUGCCAUUCCCCCUCAGAUAACACAGUUUCCGGAAGACAUGAAAAUUUUGGCCGGAGAAAAGGUUGACCUGCUCUGCACGUUUGGAGGAACUCAGCCCAUCACCUGCUCCUGGCUUAAAUUCCGGAAACCGAUUAAACCUGGCCAGGAUGGUAUCUCCAUAGAGAGCACAGAGACGACCACCCAGCUGACCAUCUCUCCCGCCACGCAAGACCACUGCGGCUGUUACACCGCUGAGAUACAAAACAAGUUUGGCACCAGGCAGGCCUCUCUGAAUCUCACCAUUGUCGACAAGCCCGACCCGCCUGCCCGUGUCCCAGCGACAUCGGACAUCCGCAAAUCAUCUCUCACGCUCUCGUGGUACGGCCCCACCUACGAUGGCGGCAGUGCAGUGCUGUCGUACCACCUGGAGGUCUGGGACUCUGUGGAUAAGGAGUGGAAGCACCUUGUGUCCUGCAACAGCACAUCAUACUGCAUCCAGGAGCUGCUGUCCGAAAGGGAGUACAAGUUUCGGGUGCGAGCUGAGAAUGUGUACGGCAUUGGGGACCCAAGUGCGGAGUCUGAGCCAGUCAAAGUUGGGGUAGAAGUGGAAGAUAACGCAGAAGAUGAAGCUGAUCUAUCUGAUGAUGAGAAAGAACCAGAAUACAGAGCUGUGGCCAUCAAAGCCGAUCAGAAAGUCAAAGACUUUUACGAUGUGGAAGAAAGACUUGGAACGGGAAAGUUUGGACAAGUGUUUAAGCUUGUGGAGAAAGCAACAAAGAAAGCAUGGGCGGGAAAAUUCAUAAAAGCGUAUUCAGCGAAAGAGAGAGAGAACGUGAGACAGGAGAUCGACAUCAUGAACAGCCUGCAUCACCCGAAACUCGUCCAGUGUGUGGAUGCAUUUGAGACCAAAUCGGACAUAGUCAUGGUGUUGGAAUUGAUCUCUGGUGGGGAGCUGUUUGACCGGAUCAUUGAUGAAGACUUUGAGCUUACGGAGAGGGAGGUCAUUAAGUACAUGCUGCAGAUCAUCGAUGGGGUUCAGUUCAUCCACAAUCAGGGUAUCGUCCACCUGGACCUGAAGCCUGAGAACAUCAUGUGUGUUAACAGGACAGGGAGCAGAAUCAAGCUCAUUGACUUUGGCCUUGCUCGUCGGCUAGAAAAUGCUGGUUCCCUCAAAGUUCUGUUUGGGACACCUGAGUUUGUAGCCCCAGAAGUAAUAAAUUAUGAACCAAUCAGCUACCCAACAGACAUGUGGAGUAUAGGAGUGAUUUGCUACAUUCUGGUCAGUGGACUGUCCCCAUUCAUGGGGGACAAUGAUAAUGAGACCUUGUCCAACGUCACCUCGGCCACUUGGGAUUUUGAAGACGAGGCCUUUGAUGAGAUCUCAGAUGAGGCCAAAGACUUCAUCAGCAACCUUUUGAAGAAAAAUCUGAAAGCUCGUCUGACAUGUGCUCAGUGCCUCGAACAUCCCUGGCUGAAGCAGGACACUAAGAACAUGGAGGCCAAGAAACUGUCGAAGGAGAGGAUGAAGAAAUACAUCUUGAGGAGGAAAUGGCAGAAAACGGGACAUGCUGUCCGAGCCAUCGGCAGACUGGCGUCCAUGGCAAUGCUUGCAGGCAUUAGUGCAAAGAAGAGCAACGCUUCAAUUGAAGAAGAUUUGCUGCAGACCCUUGAUGAGGAGAACAGGCCACAUGUGAAGCCUUCCUUCAGCAUCAAGAUCAAGGAUGUGGAGGUUGUCGAAGGGAGCGCAGCCCGCUUUGACUGCAAGAUUGAGGGUUACCCUGACCCAGAGGUAGUGUGGUUCAAAGACGACCAGCCGAUCAAGGAGACACGUCACUUCCAGAUCGACUACGACGAGGAUGGAAACUGCAGCCUGGUCAUCUCGGACGUCUCUGGUGAGGAUGACGCCAAGUACACCUGCAAGGCCAUGAACAGUGUUGGCGAGGCCACAUGCAUGGCCGAACUUCUCGUGGAGGUCAUGGCCACAGAAGAAGAGGAGGAGGAGGAAGAGUGAGCAAGACAAGGGGAGCUAAAUCAUCUAUAAAAAAGGACUCUGUCCAAUAGCUGCUCUUCUUAAGCACAGAGUCUGUUUGACAGGCUGAAUAACAGUGACAAAAAAAAAUGCUUGGAUCACCAUUUAAUGUUUGCACACGUCUUUCCAUGCCUAACCAUGGUUACAGUUACCAACGGGUGUUGAUAUUUACAACAUUACAAUACAUCACUUACAUUCCAUAAAAACAGAAAUGUAACAUUCAGGGUCUUAAAGUGCUCCUUGUCAUCAAAACGGUUCAUCAAAUGAAGCCAAACGAGAAACACAAGUGUGUGACUCAAUGUGUUAUCCACUUUAAGAAGAAUGUUGGAAAUUACCAAAAUUUUGUGCCUUUUAACUUCAUCGUUUCAAAUUUAUGUAAGCACGGAAUCAGCAAUGUUGAAACUUUUUUGAAAUUUCCCAACUGUUUGCUGUCUCGCAGUUAUAAACCGGUCCAAUCACACUAUUUGUAGGAGAAAGUAGAUCUUUUAAUUUUUAUAAAAAAGGUAUGUUUGACAAACUGCAGUGUUCAAAUAAUGAGAAUGCUACAGUGGUAGUUGCUCACUUGUCCAGAAUAAAUUUUUUUAUCACAGAA